AUGGCGUUGGACAGACUCGGGGCUGGUGGGAGACUGAACAGAGUUAGCAUGGGGCAGUUAAGAGGACCUGCUUCGGGGUGUCAGGCCAGGCCACGUGGCACCCAGGUCAGCGCCGCGGCGGCGGCCGGAGCCUUCCCGAAGCGUGUGAAGGUGGUGGAGGUGGGGCCGCGCGACGGGCUGCAGAACGAGAAGAAUGUUGUGCCGACACCGGUGAAAAUCAGUUUAAUCAAUAUGCUGUCAGAGACGGGGCUUCAGGUUAUAGAGGCCACCAGCUUUGUUUCCCCCAAAUGGGUUCCUCAGAUGGCUGACCAUACUGAAGUCAUGCAAGGAAUUAAUAAGUUGCCUGGUAUUAGUUACCCUGUGCUGACCCCUAAUCUGAAAGGAUUUCAGGCAGCGGUGGCAGCAGGGGCCAAAGAAGUGUCGAUCUUCGGAGCAGCAUCUGAGCUCUUCACUAAGAAGAACAUCAACUGUUCCAUAGAGGAGAGUCUGGAGAGAUUCGAUGAAGUGAUGACCGCAGCGAGAGCGGCCAGCAUUCCUGUCCGGGGAUACGUUUCCUGUGUCCUUGGAUGUCCCUAUGAAGGGAAGAUUUCUGCAGCUAAAGUUGCAGAGGUCUCGAAGAAGAUGUACUCGAUGGGAUGCUACGAGAUUUCCCUCGGUGACACCAUUGGCAUCGGGACCCCGGGGAGCAUGAGAGAGAUGCUGACAGCAGUCAUGAAAGAGGUGCCGGUUGGGGCUCUUGCUGUUCACUGCCACGACACCUACGGGCAAGCUCUUGCCAACAUCUUGGUAGCGCUUCAGAUGGGCGUGAGCGUGGUUGAUGCUUCCGUCGCUGGCCUUGGAGGCUGCCCCUAUGCCCAGGGAGCUUCGGGAAACGUUGCUACGGAGGACUUGGUGUACAUGCUGAAUGGCCUGGGCAUCCACACGGGUGUGGAUCUGCAGAAGCUGAUGGACACGGGCACGUUUAUUUGCAACGCUCUCAACAGACGAACCAAUUCCAAAGUGUCCCAGGCGUCUUGCAGACUGUGAUACUGAAAUCGAGUUUCUCCUUGGAUCAAGAAGAAAGCAAGGAUCCGGCGUUGGCCGGGUUGCCCUCCGUUCUGCUGCCUCUGAUCUUCAGUGCUCCUUCCAGGCUCAGCGCUUGAGAGGAAACGCAUAAUCCACCAGAAUCUGUGAAGAAAUGAAAAAAUUAAAAAAAAAAAAAAAGAGAGAACGCUGUAUUCAGCCUUGAAGACGUUAGCCGUUUGCCUUAGAGAAGGGAGGACGCGGAGGGGCUGAGGGAGAAGCAGCGGACGCACCGCUUGCCUUCUCGCAGAGAGCCGCAGUCUGAGCACCAGCUCAGAACCCCGUCCGGUGACUUCUGCCUCGAGAGUCCGUUGCCGUAAACUACCAGCAAAGGAUAAACCAGAGCUUUUCCAGGCAGAGCGCUUCUCCAGGCCAGGCUUGACCCUUCUUCCCUUCUCUCUCCUGGCUGCAAACGUUAAGACUGAAAUCGAAAGGCUCCCCUUCGUCGUUCAAGUGUCAGGGGGCAGCCUUGGACCUCCUGCAUUUAGGGACUGUAGCAAAGGACUGUAUCUGUUGUAGGAUACUUCUAAAUACUAGGAGUAAUAAACACAUUAUUUAAUAGUCUAAACUAUUAGAAAUUUGGUUUAACUGAACCACUUAAGGAGCUCUUGCUGCUGGUUUGGUUCCAAGUGCCUCUUCUGCCAGCUCUCAAUGUGGAAACGCUGCAUCAUCGUGGGCUUAUUCUGUACGCACGUGUACCCCUCACGGUAGACAGGUCCGAGGGCGGUCUCCCCUUAUCUCCUAUUUAAAAUAAUUUAUUUAAUAGUUUGUUUGCGAGACUGGAGACAAGUGCAGGAACCUUGUCCUUCCGUGGGCUGGGCCUGGUUCCUAGCCGCGGUCGGUGCCUUUCUCUGACUGUCCCGGCGUGCUGGAUGCGGGACCGGCCCUCCGGGUCUCUCCACGUCACUUAAAUGAGCUGUAACAGUUAAAUAAACCGUUAACGC